AUGCAAGGUUCAACCAGCACUACAAACUGCAGGGAGCAUCACACUUUGGGGCCGUGGACAGCAGUGCCAGAAGCGACGAGGGUAGGGAGCCCAUGCUACCCCGCACCACCAACUUUCAGGAUCAUGUCCGCCCAAAAGCCACCGCCCCCAGCCGCGCCCCUGCCAGCCAGCCAUGCCCCUUUGGUGCGGGCGGAUUGCAUGCGACGUUUUCUGAGCUGUGUGCGAGCCAAGGCCUGGGGGGCACAGGAUGCUGCGCACAAGCCAGGAUUGCAACAUUUGCGACCAGGCGGUGCAGAAAUGCAGCGCACGCGGCCAUCCAGGCCUGAGGGGAUGCGGAAACGGGGCUGUCCCUUCUGUCCCUUGCAAGGCGCGCUCAAAGCCGCCACUGGGGUGCCACUAGGCUUCUACCAACUCUACAAGGAGCGCCAAACCUGGGGCAGUGCACAGCAGUGCCAUAAGAGGCGAGGGCGGCGACGCCAAUGCUCUCCCGUGCCGCCAACCCUCAGGGCCAUGCCCGCCCAGGAGCCACUGCCCACAGCGGCGCCCCUGCCAACCCACCAUGCCCCUUUGGUGUGGUCGGUUUGCUUGUGGCGUCUUCAGAUCUGUGUGUGUGCCAGGCCCUGGGCGGCGCAGGAUGCUACGUGCAAGCCAGGAUUGCAACAUUUGCGACCCGGCGGUGCAGAAAUGCAGCGCAUGUGGCCAUCCAGGCCCGAGGGGAUGCGAAAACGGGGCUGCCCCGUCUGUGCCUUGGAAGGCGCGCUCAACGCCACUGUUGGGGUGCUGCAAGGCUUCAGCCAACGCUACAACGAGCGCCAAAUUUGGGGCAGUGCACAGAAACGCCAUGAGGCGAGGGCGGCGAUGCCAAUGCUCUCCCGUGCUGCCAACUCUCAGGGGCUUGCCCGCCCAGGGACCACUGCCCACAGCCGCGCCUUUGCGAGCCCGCCAUGCCCCUUUGGUGCCGCCGGUUUGCUUGUGGCGUCUUCAGAGCUAUGUGUGUGCCAAGCCCUGGGCGGCGCAGGAUGCCACGCGCAAGCCAGAUUGUUGGUAAUUCGACGCUGUGGUCAAUCAUCAGGAAUCAAAGGAAUCAAUCAUGAUGUUCUACAUGCAGGACUCCGGGAUGAUUGUCGGGCAACCUGUGGGUGUGUUGAAAGGGGAGGCGGAUUCGCAGGGAGGCAUCAGGCUGUAUCACUCUGCCAUAGCAUGGAAGCCACUGAUCACACCUCUUUGCCAGACUUCUGUUCUUGGGCCAGUUCAAUGCAAGGGGAAGGCGCUUGA